AGGUUUUGGUGUCGAGUUGUCGCAGCUCAUCCACUAUCCAGUGGAUGGCCCCGAAGGUGUACAAUAACAAAGGGCCGCAAGCAUAUUUGUUUCAGCGACUUUGUUCUUACCAGACACCUCUGAUGUCCAGAUCUGUCUCAGUCAAUGCAGAUACUUGCGUCGGAAAGACUCAUCGACCACGCUAACCUCCUGGAUGUGGCGCUGCACCACACCAAGUAUCACAUCGUCCAUAGAAAUAGAAAAUGUGACGAAGCGAUGCAGUAUUUGUUGAUACUAGAGGCGGUGACACUGCCCAAUGAGUCUGGCGUUCUUCUGAACCUCAACUCGAAUGGCCAGUCCCAGCAGUUCGUGUUCGUUGAACACUUGCUGAGACUUUUCAGUCUUGGACAGUAUCACGACCACGAAAGGCAUGGGUGCGCCGCCGCUGCGCUUCAAUCGAAUGAUGUGGAGAGGGCUAUAUCCCCUCUGCUCCAGUUCUCCCUUAAUCUCAGUAUCCGAAAAGUUGACGGGAACUCCUCGAACCACCGCGUGGAUGUUCCGUUCCGAAGGGAGAGGAAAAGCAGAAAUAUCGUUUACAAUGACGAAACAUACAUGAAUAGCUCACACACAGUACCGAAAGCAUGGGAUGAUGGAACAGAUAAUUGA